AUGACGCAGAGAAAUAUAACAUUCUAAGAAGCGCAUAUAUAAAGGAGCAAUUUGAAACGACAAUCAAAUAUCAUGUUGAGUUGAGGUGAAGUCAACAACACACAAUACUCGUUACCAUACAAAUUACAAUAGUGAAAUUAUACGAGAGAGAAACGAAAUAAAGCCAGAUCAUGUCCACAAUUAUUAUAAAGGAAAAUCAAAACGAACGUCGUCACAAGAAAGUGAAGCGGGUUCGUAGUUCUCCGAUUGAGCUUCUUGUUUGGGAAUACACAAAUUCAUUGGAUCGCGCAAAGACUUUAGAAAAGUUGAAAAAGGCUGUCCAGCACUUCGACAUUGACGAACUAAACGCGUCAGGACUUAAUGCCUUACAGCAAUGUUCAUUCGAUGGUAAUUUAGAGGGAGUGAAAUUGCUUCUUUCUCUCGGAGCUGAUUGUAAUAAACAGGGAAGAGAAGGUUGGACAGCAUUACAUUAUGCUGCUAGCGAGGGAUACUUGGAUAUUGUAAGAUAUCUCAUGAGGCAUGGUGCCAACGUUAGACUAGCAGAUCGUAAUGAUAAAUUUCCAGUUGAAAUCACUGAAGACGAAACAAUCUUGAAGCUUUUACUUAGGGCGACAAUCGUCACGAACAAUUCACUUAAUCUCAUAAAGCUGACUGAUGAAACAAGUUUUGGACAAAAUCGAUCUAGAUGGAUCUACAAGGAUUCCAUAUAAAGUUGCGUUACAACAGCGGGCAGAGUAGUUGAACUGCUGCAUUUACCAAUAAUGAGAGCUGACUCUCCAAAAGAAGCUUCACAUUCACUUAUAUAGGCUGUUCUUAAGAAGAUAAGCGUUGUAAAAUCAGACGUGGAAACAAGAUUAUUGGUCAAAUCGUGUUUUUCUUGUAUAUUUGUGGUUUCAUAAGCUCGUUCUUCCUUAAAGGAAAUAUGCAUGGUGACUUUCGUCAAAAUCUGUCUGAAUUUCAUGCAAUAUGAUUUUAUCAAACAUGAAAUCAAAACUCUUUCAUUAAUAUUUUACAUAGAUAUAACAUUGUGUGGGUUAUGUUUGUCAACAGUAUCAAAAUGUUAGGAAGCAUGCACAGAUGUGCAGAUAAAAAGGAUUAUCAUACAAAGGCAUUCAUACCACAUGCCUUAGAAGAUUGGGUUUAUAAAUACAAUAACGACUGACGUAUAUAUCUUCACUAAUACAACCUCGUCACUCGUAGAAUUUAUUGUUUCAUGGGAGGAACUUUGAAGAUAAAAUAAACUUCACCAUGAUUUAUUGAAAAACUAUAUAUAUGUUUUAUGAUGUAAUUUUAUUGAGGCGAAAACAAUCGUUAUGAUGAUUAUCAAACAAAAAAAACAGAACUUAUCUUGUAAAAUGGGAGGAAUUUGAAAUUCCCGUCGCUUUAUAUAAAUAUCUAAUAAAAAACAUGAAACGUUUGUGAUUAAAUACUGAAAUUAUAUUGCAGCUUGUUGACUUGUUAUCCAAGCAACUUUCAAGCCAUUUAUUUUCUUUUCAAAAACAGCUAUCGUAACGGGUAGUUAAGCUAAUCAUUUUAUUAAAUGGUAAUUUGUAAA